AUGGUAUCCGAGAGCUGUCCAUUAACACUUAGCGUACAUAAGGACAAGGAAAAGCUAUUUGAAGAUUUAAACGGAAAUCACAAAAUUGGUACAACAAACAAAGGGAUAGGGCCAUGUUAUGAAGAUAAAGUUGGAAGGAGAGCUAUACGCCUUUGUGAUUUAGAAAACGCAGAUGAGCUCAAUAAAAGAGUGGAUACUCUUCUAAAUUACCACAAUGCUAUCAGACAAGGCCUUAACUACCAGAUGGUUAAAAAAGAAGAAAUAUUAAAAGAAAUUCAAGGGAUUUUAAAAAAAAUUCUUUCAUAUAAAAAACCUGUGUGGAGGAUAUUAAAUGACUUUGUGAAAGAAGGUAAGAAAAUAAUAUUUGAAGGUGCUCAAGGCACAUUUUUAGAUAUCGACCACGGAACUUACCCCUUUGUUACUUCAAGUAAUACUGUAGCGUCGCAAGCAAUAACAGGCUCAGGAUUAUCCUCCAAUGCUUACAUUAUUGGUGUGGUAAAAGCUUAUACAACAAGAGUAGGCAAUGGUCCAUUCCCUACUGAGCAAAAGAACGAGAUUGGAGAUAGCUUGUUUACUAUAGGUAAGGAGCUUGGAACAGUGAGCAAUAGAAGAAGGCGCUGCGGAUGGUUUGACGCAGUUUUAGUGCGCCAAGCUGUGCAACUUUCUGGAGUUUCAAGCAUUGUAUUAACAAAAUUAAAUGUGCUUGAUUCUUUUGAUACAAUUAAAAUAUGCACUAGUUACAAGUAUAGCGGGAAAAUGUAUGAUUAUUUACCCGCAUCGCAUUCAAUACAGGAGGAAUUAGAGCCAAUAUAUGAAGAGUUUUCUGGCUGGAAAGAAAAUACUCAAGAUGAAGCAGUAACAGAGUCUGCUAAUAAGAGCUUUAAGGACGAUAUAAAUAAAUGCAUAGAGUUGGCAGAGCAGGGGAAAAAAGCUGCAAGUAAAUAUUUUGAGAUGAAAGACGUAGAGCUUCAAGCUUAUUACACAGAAACUGAUAACGCUCAUAGAGUUUUGAAUGUUAACCUUAUUAAUUACAAUAGAAGUGAGCCAACAAGAAUUAGUGACAUUUUACAGCAAGAGAAAGAUAUUAAAGAAUUGAAUAUCUAUUGCAAUAAAAAACAUGAAAUAUACGCUCAUCAAGAAGAUAAGAAAAGAUAUUAUGAAUUUAAAGAAGGCGCAUAUUAUGAAAUGACAAGCACGUGGCCUGUAGAGAAUGGAUCCAGAAUGUGUACCAUGAUUAUGAAUGUGAGUAGUAGCGGCAUAACUGAAGUACUAAAAUUUGAUGGUGAAGAUUUUGUGUCAUCGGAAGAGAUCCUAGAAUUAAUAAAGCAAAACGAUGAAUUAUAUAUUCAAGGCCUCGUCUUACAUGAUGCUGUAAUGAAAUCACUAGAAAAGGGUAAGGCUGCUGAUGUUAUAUCUACUGCUAAUAAUAAUUUUCAAAAUGAGUCUAUGGCGGCCUAUCAAGAUAAGGAACCAGAGGGGAAAUUAGACCCUAAAGUUGAUGAUGACAACAUCCUUCAUCCUUCUCCUUCCAUUAAUAGCAAUGUAUUGAUUCAAACAGAAGUCAAUUUACAGCACACUGAAACUCAACCAGAAGUUGCUUCACAACAAAUAACUGAUUUACAAAACAGGUUUAGAAAAGAAGAGCAAAAAAACACAAAAUUGCAAACUGAACUUGCACAAAAAGAUGAAGAGUUAGCAAGCGCGUUAGCAGAGCUACAAGGGAAAGCACAAGAACUUAAAAGUGAAGAAAAGUCUGAUUUAGAGUACAAGUUUGAUAAGUUGGAACGCUCUAAUAAGGAUAUAGAGGAAAAUAAAGAACGGUUUUCAAAACAAGUAUUAGAUCUGCAAAAAGAUUUAUCAAGAGAUAAACUUAAAAAAAAGAAGCGAGGAUCAAAGGCAGAAAUAGAUGAAAUAUGCAAGGAGUUAACACAGCUCAAAGAAAACCUGAAGACUUUUCUCAACUGGAAAUUCUUCCUCAUUCCUGAGGAAGAAUUUAAAAGUGUGCAUGAAGAAAAAAGAAAGCUGGAGGACAAGCUGAAAGGUGUUAAUACAGAAAAGAAGGAAUUAGAAAACAAAUUAAGAGAAUUUGAAAAAGAGAUAGACCAAGCAGCACACAUAAUGAAGGAAAAGGAGCAGUUUAAAAUAUCAAAUGCUACGGUUGGAAAAUGA